AUGGGGAAGGGGCCUGAAUGGGGCGACGACGACACGAUCCAGUUGUGCAAGGCAUGGAUAUACACCUUCCAAGACCCUAUACGCGGUGCCGGUCAGAAGAAGGCUACGUUCUACAUGAGGAUGUAUCAACUUUGGCUUCAAAUUAAAAGCAAAGAAUCGGAUGAUCGAUCUGAACUCGCUGUUGCUGGCAGGUUGAAGAAACUGCAGCCCGCAGUGACAAAGUUUGAAGGCAUUUAUUCAAAGCUGAAGAGUAGAGAGCGCUCUGGAUGGAAUGAGGAAAAGUACAUAACAUCGGCAGUGGGGAUUUACGCUGAGCGCCACAAGCAACAAUUUGAGAUUUUAGCAGCAUGGAAGGAGCUCCGUGACAAGCCAAAGUGGACAGCUCAGCUCACAACGACCGCGGGUUCAAAACGACGUGGCACCGAUGCAUCCGUUGUGUGUCGGCCACAGGGCCAGAAGGCUGCAAAGCGAUCAAAAGGUGUGCUAGCAGACGACAUUCAGCAACGGUUCGUUGCUGCUUCAGAGAAGAAGGAGUUGCUGAUGGAACAACAACUACCCACGAGCAGCAUUCUCGUAUAA